AUGGCCUCAUCUGCAUCCGCCACAGCAGCUGCAGAAAGCAACGCAGAAACAGCCCAGAAAAAUUACAAGAUCGUUCAAGAUGCCGGCGAUUUCGCAGAGACUGAAGCCCAGCGCCCGGCAUUCGACCAAGCAAAGCCAAUCGAAGUCACCCAGUCACCCUACCCGCAGUGGAAAUACGGGGAGGGCGUACCCGAUAAUGGAGCAAGCCUGGCUCAAAAACACCACGAAAUCGACCCCUAUCACCCAGACAGACCGAUGAUCAACAACUACCGCCUGCUAGUCUCCGGCAUCGCGCCUCGACCAGUCGGUUUCUUGAGCACCAUCAACAAUCAAGGACGGAAGAACCUUUCACCCUUCAGCUAUUUCCAAGUCAUUGACCAUGACCCGCCGAUGUUCAUCGUGGGAUUCUCAUCGCGCCCCGGACGUGUCAAGGAUACCUACCGCAACCUGAAGGAAACCGGCGAAUGCGUCAUCAACACCGUCUCCGAAAACAUGAUAGAAGCCGUUAAUGCCAGCUCCAUCGAUGCGCCAUACGGUGUAUCCGAAUGGGACGUCUCGGGUCUCCAUGAAGCACCCUCCACUACCGUCAAGCCCUCGCGCGUCGCGGAAUCCGUCUUCAACAUUGAAGGAAAGGUUGUCGACAUCAAGGAAUUCACGGAUCACCAGCAGCCCGGAAUGAGUUUGGCUGCUACCGUUCUAAUCAAGGCCACUCGGUUUUGGGUUAAGGAGGGAACCGCUGAUCCAGAGUAUAGCCAUAUAGAUCUUGAGAAGUUGAGGCCGGUUGGGCAGCUUGGAGGCAUCUCGUAUGGUCGUGUGGUGUCGACCUUUGAGCGACCGCGCACUAAGUGGUCGCAGGAAGUUCCAAAGAGUGACUUGCUGGUCAAGCUGGAUGCUGAAAAGCCCGGUCAUCAAUAA